GGGGCGAGAGAGGCCGCCACCGUCUGUGUUGUGGCCGCCAGUCAUCAUGUCCGGCACGAGCUAUGAUCGCGCUAUCACAGUCUUCAGCCCCGAUGGACACUUAUUUCAAGUGGAAUACGCCCAGGAGGCCGUGAAGAAGGGCUCGACGGCUGUGGGCGUGAAGGGCAAUGAUGUCGUGGUACUGUGUGUUGAAAAGAAGUCCGUCCCGAAGUUACAAGAAGAGCGGACUGUAAGAAAGAUUUGUCUCCUUGAUGACCAUGUACUCAUGGCCUUUGCAGGACUGACUGCUGAUGCUCGCAUCUUAGUAAAUAAAGCUCGUAUAGAGUGCCAGUCUCACAAACUUACAGUGGAAGAUCCUGUCACUUUAGAAUACAUCACCAGAUUCAUUGCCACCUUAAAGCAGCGUUACACACAAAGCAAUGGACGUCGUCCAUUUGGUACCUCUUGUUUAAUUACUGGCUUUGAUAUGGAUGGAACUCCUCAUCUUUACUUAACAGAUCCCUCAGGCACUUACACCGAAUGGAUGGCUAAUGCUACUGGUAGAAGUGCCAAGACUGUACGUGAGUUCUUAGAGAAGCAUUACACUGAAGAUGCUGUAUCUACAGAGGAAGGAGCCAUUAAGCUAGUGGUACGAGCCCUUCUUGAAGUGGUUCAAUCAGGAGCCAAGAAUGUUGAAGUGGCCAUUAUGAAAGCAAAUGAACCAAUGAGGAUGCUGGAUGUAGGCAGUCUCGAAAAGAUUGUAGCAGAAAUUGAAAAGGAGAAAGAGGAGGAAGCAGAGAAAAAGAAACAAAAGAAGUAGAAUUUUGUUUAGUGCUUCAUUCAAUUAAUUUUAAAAUACUUUUGUCAUGCAUCUCUUCAACUUUGUUUUUCAUAUUUAAGUGGAACUUAAGAGUGUAUUUUUUUCAUUUUCCAGUAAAGGAACAAAAUA